CUCGUGUGUUCUUCGAGCGUGUGUGAAAGAGUGAGAGCACCGAAAGCUUUGGAGAGAGUUUUCAUUGCAUGUGAAAGCUCUUGGGGAUUUUUAUUUCGAGUUCCAGGCUCCAGCAGCGGUGAGGAGGAGCGGCGGCGGCGGCGGCGGCGGCGCUCGAUUUCACGGCGAUGGCGCUUGCUCCAGGUGAUGCGGUGCUGGAUCGAUCGAUCUAGCCCCGCGUCGUGCAGCCGGCGGGGCUUGGUAGGAGCCGAAUCGCCACUUCGCAAGCGCUGUGUCGGUAAUAUUAAUUGCUGCUGCUGCUCGAUCUCUCCUCGUUUGCUUUCUUCCAUAUUUCGAUCGAUCUCUUCCCGCUGUGCUUGAUUUCUCGUCGUGCGUCAGUGCUGUGGGGACCAGGAGUGUGGAUUUCUUUUUUCUUUCUCUCGCUUUUCUCUCUCAAGUGAUCUAGCCAGUGUUUUAGCUCGAUAGUCUCCUCGCAGUUCUUCCAAAACCCUGCCAGUCUUUUUUUUCCUUGACAUUCCUCCUCCAUACAUAACAAAUCUCCCUUCUUUUCCUUCUCUCCUCAUCCCUGAGAGUUUAAAAAAUCUGGUGUGCCAGUUUCUGUUUGUCUGUCUGCUUCCACUCCCUUCUUCUCUCUCUUCAUCAUCGAAAUUCCUGUGCUGCGCUUAUCCUAAGCUGGGUUGGCUCUCAAAUCUCCUAAGAGGCGGCCUAGCAGCAGCGAACUGGAAUCCCACGAUCAUGCUCAGACGUGCUGGCAGGAGUAAUGUCCGGUGUAGCUAGCUGGGCCGAAGCAGGGAAGAGGGUAGUGAGUAGCUCCUGAGGAUGACGAGAUCUAGCAGAUGGCAGGAGGCAGGCAAUCUGGAAAGCUUUGGGCACAGGUUAUAGACUCGAGAAGAUGGUGGCUGUAGCUCAGUGACCGCAAAGUCAUCUCUAAAGUUCCAAGCUAGCACGACUCAGCAGGCAGGUAGCCACUGAUCACUCUCGAGGACCACUCUCGAGAGCAAUGGAUUUGGGUGGCCAUGAAGAAGACAUUCCCAUUCCAAUUUCAGCGCAGUUCAGUGCCGCGGCGAUACACGAGACUGCAGCCAAGCUCAAGCUCCUGGCGAGUGGGAAUGGAACGCCAGCGGCUCAAGUGGGAAGCGGCGCUGCAGUCGUAGUCGUCUCCGGAGAGGCGGGGGCGGCGGCGGCGGCGGCAGGGGGUGACAGCAAAAGCAAGCGUCCAGUGAGGUACACGCAGUGCUUGAAGAACCACGCCGCGGGUAUCGGCGGGCACGCUCUGGAUGGGUGUGGAGAAUUUAUGCCGUGCGGAGAGGAAGGGACGCUGGAUGCUCUCAAGUGCGCUGCCUGUGACUGCCACCGCAACUUCCACCGGCGGGAGGUGGAGGGCGAGCCCUCUUGCCUCGAGUGCCACCACCGGAAGGACAAGAAGCGGCUCAUGCUGCCGUCGAGAUCAGGGGAGCUGGACGAUCAAGGAGUCUACAUGCCAAACGCUGGAGGGCCUAAUCUCAAAAAGAGGUUUAGGACGAAGUUCACGGGAGACCAAAAGGAGAGGAUGCUGGCAUUUGCGGAUAAGGUGGGCUGGAAGAUCCAGAAGCACGACGAGGCCGAGGUCCAGCAGUUUUGUAACGAGGUGGGCGUCAAGCGUCACGUCCUCAAGGUGUGGAUGCACAACAACAAGCACACGCUGGGGAAGAAGAUGUAAGCUGGCCAGCCGGGGGGGGGAUCAUAUAUCUCAAGAGGUUUCCUCGUCUUCUUUUAGUCGCUUCGUUUGAGAGGUGGUGCUACUGCUACCUGUUUAUGUUCUAAAGACUCGCUCUCGCUCCCGCUCCCAGGUGUAUCUCGUGCAUGCGUCUCUUAAAGUUUGGGUGCGUUCUCGGCUCGCUGCGAGAGGGAAUGAGAUCUCUUCGGUAGGAACUUUCGGUAGGAACUUUGUUGAGCUUUCAUUCUGUUUGUCUCUGCUGCUUGCUUCGCUUCAGGAACCCUUCGUUGGUUUUUCCAUCUUGGUUUCAAAGCUUGGUGUGGUGAUGAUCAGCUGAGUUUCUUCUCUUCACUCUGACGUUUCCGGCAGCACGCCUUCGCUGCCUUGUACACUGUUCCGGAGGCGUGAAGGUGGAAAUCAAAUCCAAUGCUCCAGACUGGACGCGGCGGUGCAGCACACUUCAUCAUUUUCGGCAUCAGACACCGAGACGGAGAGCGAGCAACAAAAGAGAGAGCUUUAAUCGCACAUGUUUGGACGAUGUAUUAAUGCACAGCUUACAAAAGGGUCGACGGAACGGACCCCGGGCCCCGGCUUGCCAGGCAGGGAAAGGACUGUCUGUGCUCACUUGAAAUUUUGGUUUCAGGUGAUUGUCAUGCACGAGACCUGGCUGGCUGCUGGCUGCAACAGCGCUCUGCACCACCACCUCAUUGGAAAACGCAAAGGAGUGUGACCCUGACACACCGUCGCUUUCUCUGGCCGCACCGCAACAGCGUCUCGCUGCACUGCCACCGCCACAACCAUUUGCUAGCUCGGACAGCUACGCGGCUAGGCUGCUUUGUCCCGUAAGUUUCAAGUAAGAUAAGCUGGUGGCUAACUCUUCCCGCGCAUAAAUCCGUCCUAUCAGGUCAGAGCUGCAUACUUUGCAUCGUUAUUCUUGUGCCCGGCAUUCGCAUCGGAUCCUGCCUGUGUUCUGUGAGACCUUCCAGCUUUUGCACUGUACUGAUCUUUGCUGGCCUUUCGAGGGUUGGCCGAUUGGAGAAAAGAAAGAGAAAGUGAGUAGCAAAUCAUGGUGAGCGUGUCGUGCGUGUGCUGGAAGUGCUGCUGCUUGUAGCGAUGUGGGAUAUCACAGAUUUCUUUUAAGCCCAGGUGUGGUGGUGGUUGCUCCCGCUCAUGAUGCUAAAUCCAUGAACUCAUGACACACGCACAAUAAACAACGGCUAAGCUCCUUCGCUCAGCCGACAAGAGUGGUAGCUAAAGAUCAGCCAAACGAACCCCGGCGACCCGAGCAAGCUGGAGCUAGUAACGGACUACCUGAAUUAGCUGGCCAGCCAGAGCUGGACUGGAUGGACGAACCAAAAGCAAAAAAAAAAAAAAGAAACGCUGCCUCGCUCAAUCAACUUCACAGCUUUAAUAGGACUCGUAUAAUCUCGGACGCGAGAGGGCAGCAGCAACAACAAGAACGAAUAAAAUAGGAGGUAUUUGUCGUAUGGUUUGUAGGACAGGCUUUUUCCUCCCCACAAAAAGAUCUGAUUCGCCACAGUGGUGCUGGUGGUGGUGUGGUGUUCUUCGCAGGGAAACACAGCGAGAGAGAAAGAGAGAGAAAUAAUAUAAAAGAGCCAAAAGAGUCAGAUUUCUAGAAGAUCCCGGGCAGCGAGCGGGUGUUUGCGAAGAGCACUUGCGUGUUUUCCGGGCUAGAGGAAGAUGCUGUCCUCGGCUGGCUGUGGCAAUCUUUUGUUGUGGCUGGCGGCCAUCUCUUUUCUCAGCUGCGUUAACACAUCUUCCAUCGUGAA